GCCGGCUGGAGAGGUCAGAGGGGUGGCGAGGGCAGCUAGAGGCCUGCCGGGGCUGGGAGCCUCCUGGCCGGGGGCUGACCCGCCGGCGGAGCUGUGCGUGCCGGCUGUGAGACUCUCCGGGAGUGGUACAUGCGUGGGCGACGACGGGUCCGUGGAGAUGAAGCUGCUGAAUUGCGCCUGAUCUGCGGUGCUGCCGCUCGGGGAGCGCGAGGUGCUGCGCGGGGGGCUCAGCAGUGUCCCGGUCCCCGGGGAGUAGACUUGAAUUUUCCUCUCUGGUUGCAUUUUAUGGAGCACACACAGUUGCAGGGGAAUGAGAAACUACAGUGUUCAAACCACGAUGCCACACAUAUGCUUGUUCUCUCCUCUGGUGGAAAGCUUUAUGAACACUGGGCUAUGGCUUCAGCUGACUGCUCUAAGAUAAGGCUGGUGAAAGAACUAGGAAACCAAGAUAUCGUCCAAAUAGCAUGUGGGGACCAGCAUGCCAUGGCGCUUUCCAGAGGAGGUGAGCUCUUCACCUGGGGCCAGAACAUCCACGGACAGCUUGGAGUGGGGAGCCAAACCACACUCAUACGCCGGCCACAGCUGGUGGGAAGACUAAAGGGCAUCCCGCUUUCUCAAAUUGCUGCUGGAGGAGCUCACAGUGUUGUCGUGUCCCUCUCUGGAUUUGUGUACUCCUGGGGAAAGAAUGAUUUUGGACAGCUGGGACUUGGAGACACAGAAGACAGGAGCUGCCCAUCAUACAUUGGAGCCUUAGAACACUGGAAGACUGUAUUUAUCUCAUGUGGAACAGAUCAUACUGCAGUUCUCUCCAAGGAGGGCUUGGUGUGCACCUUUGGAGCAGGAGGAGCUGGCCAGCUUGGCCACAAUUCCACCCGGAAUGAACUCACACCUCGUGUGGUGGCUGAGCUGUGGGGAGCAAGAGUUACACAAGUUGCCUGCGGCAGACAGCACACCUUGGUCUAUGUCCCCUCCUUGGACAAAGUCUAUCUGUUUGGUUCUGAUGAAGAACAACUGGGAGAUGAGAGAAAGCCUAAUCAGUUGAUACCACUUCCCAUCAAUUCACCAGUGAAUACUGGAAAGGGCUGUCAGGAAAACAACACAUUGCAAGAGGUGAUUGAAAUUGUUGCUGGAGGAAACCAAAGAAUUGUCCUUUGCAAGAAGAACAUGAAUUCCUGUUUGAAUGGAAUUGCCAUUCUGAAGGAUGAAGAUGUGGAUGCAUGGAUUUCUAAUUGCAGUUUACUGGAACUCUGGGACAGUAUAAAAGAGAAUAUCAGACUGACCUUUUCAUCUGAGGCUUGCAUCAACGGCAGCUUCCUGGACAAAAGAGACAAACAUUUCAAAACUUCCAAAGAAUUCUUGGGUGUGGACAUGUCAGAAGUGCAAUGUUUUUACGAGAAGAUCAGCAAGAAGCCAAAAGUCUUCCAGGAGGUGCAAAAGGAGAUUGAGAAGUUACUGCCAUCAUUGUCUUCCUCUCCCAUCUCACCUGAAAAUUUCAGAAUCUACUUGAUCUUGCCUUUCCUUCUGCAGGGAAGGGAUCACAGCUCUUACCAUUCUCUCAGGCUGCUAGCACAAGCCAUCACGAAGCUGAAGCCAGAAGACCUGCAAACUCUUGAAGGCCUGUGGUCAAAUCUAGAAACAUCCUUUUUCGAGGAGCUGGUUAUUCUAUACCAGAGGGUUUCCCAGGAAAACCUGCUUCGGUUUCUCAUGGAAGUCAGAGACCGACAAAGAGAGUCCUUCAAGCUGUACCCACAUGAAACAGAGACCCUGCAAAUACUGCAGAUUCUUUACCAGGUGAACUCCAGAACUGGUUUCAGAGUACAGGAAAACAACUUCUAUGUGCCUGAACUGAAAACACUUAUCAAAUGUUGUUGGUUAAUUAAUCCAAACGCAGUAGUGGCCCUAUGGAAGCUGAGCAAAUAUCCGUGCAUCUUUGACAUACAAGACAAGGUGGCUGUUCAUCACACAGAAUGCUCUGCUCUGUCCAGCCCCUUUAGGGAUAUACACAGAAUACUGAAGUUCCAGGAGUGCUGGUAUUUCCCAGUCACAAGAGAGUGCCUUCUGCAAGACAUAUGGACCCAUUUAAGUACAGCACCAACCCAGCAAUUUAGGAGGGUCUUAAAGGUAUCGUUCGUGGGCGAGGCAGGACGGGACGAUGGCGGGCUAGCCAAGGAGCUCUUCAGGGUCGCGGCCCGGACCCUCUGCGAGCCAAGCACCGGGGCCUUCCGCCGCCUGGCCUCCGGGCUGGUGUGGUUCCCCAGCCAGGCCUCGAGCUGUGGGGACAUUUUCUUCCGGAUCGGGACGCUGUGCGGCAUGGCCCUGUUCAACUCCUGCACUGUGCCUUUCGCCUUCCCCAGGGCUCUCUACAGAAAGCUGCUGGGCCUGGUGCCCACCCUGGAGGACCUCGAGGAGCUGUUGCCAGCUGCAAGCCGGAGUCUUCAGAGCAUUUUGGAUGAAGAAUGUGAUGAUGUCCUUGAGAGCCUGGCCAUGGACUUCACGGUAAUGGAAGAAGAUUCCACGGUUGUUGUUGAACUUAAAGAAAAUGGUGCCAGCAUCCCUGUCACUAAGGAUAACAGGAAAGAAUUUGUUGAUUUGUACUUGAAUUAUGUGUUUAAUGAAUCGAUACGGAAGCCAUUUGAGGACUUUAUGCAAGGGUUUUUAAGAGGCUGCCCAGCGAGAAGGUGGAAGAUGUUUCUCCCUGCAGAGCUCCAGAUUGUUCUCCAGGGGCACACAAAAUUGGACUGGUGUCUGCUGGAAAAGAACGUGGUGUACGUACGCUAUAAAAGGUUUGAUUCAACCAUCACGUUUUUUUGGCAUGUGUUUCACAAACUCCCAGAAGAAAAAAAGAAAAUGUUUCUUGCUUUUUUGUCAGGAUCUGAUCGAAUCCAUGUGUUUGGAGUAGAAUAUUUUAAAUUUACUAUUGAAGAUCCUCAAGCAGAAAAUCCAGAUGAGCUCUACCCUUCUGCCAGUACCUGCAGCCUUAUUUUGUUCCUUCCCCGAUACAGCAGUAAAAGAGUACUCAAGAAAAUGUUGCUCUAUGCCAUAGAGCAUAAUGAAUGUUUUGGCUUGCGCUAACUCUUGCUCAUGGAGCACUUCAAAGCAAAAAUAAGAAAACAAGUCUGUGUUUUGCUUGUCGUAUUUUUCUCUUGGUAACUCCAGUGUCCUGGUUUCUACCCUGCUUUAUUUUUAGUGCACUUUACAAACACUACAGUGUGUGCAUUCACUAAGAUUUUCUGUUGAUUGCAAAAGCAAGCAAAUUUUUUUGCAAAAAAUGAGCCAGUGAUUGUUAGAUUAUAAAGUUGUGAAAAGAAGGAUCCUGUUCAACAUGCUGCCAAGAAGCAAGCUGAUAACUAAGCAUAUGUAGAUCUUGUCUGCACUGUGCUGGUCUUUUUAGUCAGUGAGCUUUCAGCGGCAGGGAUUCUGGGAUUUGUACAGUACCAAACACUCAGCCAGUAUGUGCUAAGCAGUCAUUGCCAGAGGAAGCUAGGGUAAAGUUUUCAUCUGUGUUAGUUAAGGAUUCUCUUGGGGAGCAGCAAACUCUACAGAGACAUAUUCCUGCAAACUGUGAAUUGAAGGGGCAGCCUGCCCUCACCUGGGUAGGGCCUCUGACUUACCUGAGAGAGGACUUACCUUAGGAUGAGGAUUUAAUCAUUCCCAGACUUCUGUUAAAGCUGUAUUUGUAAAGCAUUGGUGGACUUUUUUAUUAUUUAGUGUGAUAACACCAUGACCUUUGCAACGUUUCUUUGUGUAUUCUAAGGAGACAAUUAGCAAUUGAACCAAAUUUUAGGCUUGCAGAACAGCGCUGUCUACAGAAGGCCUGAGGAGGCCUGAGGGCUGCUGGAAGCUUGUUUGUCAAAACAGUGCAUAGCACUGUCAGGAUGUUGACAGUGGCAGGCAGGAUGUAAAGCUGGGAUGUGUAUUUUCUACAUGUUUUGCUUUGUGUAAAAAGAGAGAAAGAGCCAACAAUCGUGAUUUUCAGCAGUCUUUUCUUUGGUGUGUUAAGUGUGUUAGUGGACAUACCUAUGUGAAGAAGGCUUUUAUUUUGAUGAAUUAAAUGAUGUUUGAUGAGAUUUCCACA